AUGUCGAGAAACACGAAAGACAAGACGGAGAAUUGGAUUCAAGUUUUUGAUUCCGAUGCGAUGUAUAUGAUAUUUACUCAUAAGAAGUGUCUUCCCCACACGAGUAUAUCAUCGUUUGAUUUAGACGACACAUUAGUGACUACGUCCAGUGGUAAAAAGUUUUCGACGUCAUCGACCGACUGGAAAUUUUUGAAUGGGUAUGUAGUGCCCAAAUUACAGGUCUUCUCUGAGACGUCGAAAAUCGUGAUUUUCACCAAUCAAAAAGGGUUAACACACAACGGCGCACUUGACGACGCCAAAUGCAAAGAGUUUCAAAAUCGCGUCGAAAGCAUUUCAAAGGCAUUAGAGGAGGUGGGCGUCUUCAUUCAAGUGUUUGCUGCAUUGGAGGAGAACAUCUAUCGGAAACCACUGCCGGCAAUGUUUGAUGAACUUUUAGUUGGACACAAUGGAGGAUUGAAGAUCGACAAAAGCACGUCGUUUUAUGUUGGUGAUGCUGCUGGGAGAAUGGAACGGAAGGUGAAAGGCAAGAAAGUGAAGAAAGACUUCAGUUGUAGUGAUCGGAACUUCGCAAGUAAUUUGAAAAUCAAGUUUUACACGCCCGAGGAGUUCUUUCUUAAAGAGGCACCCGUUUCUUAUGAGAACGACGCUAUUGAUGUCACAAAGUUUGGAAGACGUGACACAAAGAAAACAGAAGACAUUUUAAAUGUCAAUAAAACACACGAAAUGGUCAUUUUCGUUGGGAGUCCGGCAAGUGGGAAGUCAAGUUUCUAUGAGAAGUACUUCAAGCCAAAUGGGUAUCAAUGGGUUAACCAAGAUACUUUGGGAUCAAAAAGUGCUUGUCUGAGUGCGGCAAGGAAGUCGAUAAUAAACAAUUCGGUUGUUAUUGAUAACACAAACCCGUCGAUAGAGAUACGAGAGGAAUAUAUAACUAUCGCAAACAAAGCAGGGUAUCAAGUAAGGUGCGUCUUCUUCGACUACGACAAGAAGAUAUCUUUUCACCUCAACAAGUUUAGAGCAAUGGUCAGCACCAAGAAAAUACCCGACAUCGCAAUACAUUCGUAUUUCAAAAAACUCGAAUUACCAACAAUAGCAGAGGGGUUUAAAGAGGUCGUCAAAAUCCCGUUUGAGAUUGAUGACUGCUUCAAGUCUGCAGAGGAACGAGAGUUGUUCGAGAUGCUCUUUUGA